GGCGGGGGGAGCGCGGGCACUCGCGGCGCCGGGGCCGUGUCCGCGCUCACGGAGCGGCCCCACGGAGCUCCCCCGGCCCGCUAAACCACGCAGUUCUGCCCCUCCUUUUCUGCCCCCGGUUUUCCUCCCCGCUGUGUCCGCGCCGCGGUGGGGAAGGAAGGGUCCGCCCGGGGCUCAGCGGGGGUUUGGGUGUGCGGGCAUCAUCUCCUCGCUGCCCGGCGCUUUGUGUCUCCUCUGGGUGCUGGGGUUUGGCUCGGCGGAUGCUCGCGGAGCGGGGAAUUGCAGGUGGAUGUGGCUCUGGUGCUGAAGCACAUUAGCAUCCCUUUGGUGGCCAGCACGGGCUGGGGGAAAGGGGGAUUGAGAGGGAAAUCACGAGCAGCGGGGAGGGACGUGGCUGUGAGCGGGCCCAAGAGGGAAAACGGUGCUGGGGGAAGAAAACCCCAAAAACAACAACAAAAAAGCACCAGGGAGUGUCUGAGGAAGCAACAAGUGGUCGGGGGAGCACAGGGAGGGACAAGACAUCAGGCUCUAGGGCUUUUAUUUGGCAUUUGAUUUUACUGCAGCUGCCUGAGCUCAUGCUGGACCCAAAAAUUCAUUGAUGGCCAGAGAGCGGGAAGCGCCUCAGCGAUGGAGCGGGAAACGGGCUUUGGAAGCUGGCAGGAAGGACGGCAGGAGGGGCCGGCAGGAGAAGGAGAAGGAGAAGGAGCAGCCCCGCCCCCGGCGGCGCCCCCUGAUGAGCAAGCCCGUGGACGAUGUGUACCUGAGCUGGCUCUACAGGAGACCCUGCUACCCGCUGGAGCAGGCCCUGGCCAUGCUCAAGAGCUUCCAGCAGCUGGACUUCACCCACCCCAGGCAGUUUGUGUACAUCACUGUCUUCCUGGAUAUGGCCCUGCAGAAGAAGAAAAAAGUGGAUCCCUUUUCCAGCAGCGUGACUCUUCCCCAUCGCUUCGCAGAGGAGGUGAACAAGGUUUUGGUGUUCACAGAGAAUGAGCAAGAAGCUGAAGUGGCUCGAGAGCACGGGGCUGCCAUCGUGGGAGGAGUUGAAUUGGUCAAAUGGAUCUUGGAGGAUGAAAUCCAAGCUGAUUUCUACGUGGCUGUCCCUGCCAUCAUGCCCAAGCUCAUCCCCCUGAGGAGCAAACUGAGGAGGAAGUACCCCACCACCAGGAGAAAUUCCCUGGGCACUGACAUUCCCAAAAUGCUGCAGUUCUUCAGAGAAUGUCACGAGUAUGCAGUACAGGAUGAGAGUAUAAUCAAGACAAGAAUAGCCAGACUGGAUAUGCCCACUGAGCACAUAAUUGCCAAUCUGAAAACAGUUAUCCAUGAUAUCUGCACCUUCAAGCCAUCCAAUUUUGAUCCCAUUGUGAGGAGGUUGGUUAUCAGAUCCUCCACCAGUGAAGGUUUGCUGCUGGACCUCAAUGGAAUCCUGCCUCAGGUGGAGAAAGCAGAAGAAGAGGAAGAGGAAAAUGCAGCUGAUGAGGAUGAUCAAAAGCCUGUCCAGGAAUCUGUUAGUACCUGAUGUCUUUUCCUGGGAGAAGUGGUGGUCGAGCUCGGGAAGCAAAUGUCAUUCAAAUCAUGCUCUGUGAGAACAGACAAUAAAUGUCAUUGUGGAUUUCACGUAUAAA